AUGGCCAUUCUCUCUUCAGUUAGUGUGAUAUACUUGAGAGUUGCAUUCCUUUUCACGCUAGCAUUCUUCAGUGUGAAAGAUGUCACUGUGAUGCUAGGCCACCCACUUGUGCUAUUACUUGCACAAGCGAUGAGUUUACCUGAAUUGACGAUGUCAGCCCACAGUGCUCAAUUAGGCAUCUUUUCCAUUGUAUUUUCGAUAUUAGCCAUUAGUGACUUACUUCCAUUAUUGGAAAAUAAUAAUGUUUAUUUCGAAUCCGUGGUCCCAUUUAGAUUGGUGGUGUUUUUCAGUGUUUCGAUCUUCUCAUACCUGAGGACCAGCAACCUUUACUUUCAUAACAAUGCUAUGUUUGUAUAUUGCAUCUGUGAGUUUUGGAUAAAUGCUUUGAUAUUUGCUGCUUUGAAAGAAGAGAAGAAUGAUAAAUAUGGUAUACAAUUAAGAGCCAAUGCCGAAGCCAAUGCAGCACUCCUGGAAGAAGAUGAAGUUAGUGAUCGUAUGGAUACUAAUGAAGAUGAGGAUGAGGAUGAAGAUUAUGAUUAA